CCUUUAAAAUACAUUCGCAAAGUUUUCAUUACCUCAACGAAGGGCACUUAAGUGUAAACUAAGAACUUAGGAGAUGAAAACCUUGUUAGUUUAUUUAGCAAAUAUAGGAUGAGGGUGGUGGGCGGGUGAGACCUGAAGCCGACUGCUGUUGGAGUGGAGUGAAGAGUAAUGGCGCGAGGGCUAAUUAUCCCGUUCCGAAUAGAAACCAUGGCAUUUGCUGCCAAUCCACUCUUUUCUUCCAUCUCCACACUACCUCUCUCAGUACGCACUAUCCCAUUUCUUUAUCAUCUCCCUCUCCGCUGUUCUUCUUCUUUCACCACCCAAGAGACUAUCGACAUGACCAAGUAUCACCAAGCUUUUUCUAGACGAAUGACCUUGGCCGGCCUCAAACCCCACCAUCGCAUCGCUAUGGGAGUCUCUGGAGGACCUGAUAGUAUGGCAUUGUGUGUUUUGUCUGCCCAUUGGAAGACCAAUGGCCUUAGUACAAACCGAGAUUCUGAUGGCUUUAUUGACGGGCUUUUGGCUAUAAUCAUCGAUCACAGCCUGCGUGCUGAGAGCAAAGAGGAGGCAAACAUUGUUUCUAGUCGAGUCUCUACAAUGGGAAUCAGAUGUGAGAUUGUCCAUUGUGAGUGGUCUGAUGGUCGUCCUAAACAAGGUCACUUGCAGGAAGCAGCUCGUGACAUGAGGUAUCAACAUUUUCAGAAAGUCUGCAUCCAGAACCAGAUCAGUGCGUUACUUAUCGCACAUCAUAUGGAUGACCAGGCUGAAUUAUUUGUUCUUAGACUAUCACGCCACAGCAGUGUGCUUGGACUUGCUGGAAUGCCGUUCAUUUCUCAAAUUUUCUCCUCAUACACUCAUUCUUCCGAUGCAAAAGAUUAUGGCAUUCUUCUUGUGCGACCGCUCCUGGAUUUUUCCAAGGAAGACAUGUACAAGAUAUGUCAAGGAGGUCAACAAACUUGGGUGGAGGACCCUACAAAUCAAAGUAUUCUAUAUGCUCGUAAUAGGAUUCGAAUGUCAUUAAGAGAUUGUUCAUCGUAUGGAUUCAAUUCUGAGCUGCAAGCAGUUAUUUCUGCUUGUCAACAAACUCGGUUAUAUGUUGAUAAUGUUUGCUCCAAUUUGAUGAAUAAAGCAGUCACUGUAACAGAUUUUGGCUAUGCUGUCAUUGAUUUAGAGAUCUUAAACCCUUCAAAAAUUGAAGACAUAUGCCUCUCGAAGUUUAUUGCUUUGAUUUUGCAGUUCAUCUCGCAAAGGAACAGGCCAAUUAGAGGCAGUACUUCAAAAUUGCUGCUGGACUACAUGCGUACUUUCCCAUGCAGGACAUCCCUUACAGCAGCUGGUUGCUACCUUUGUCCAGCACCGUCAUCUAGAGGCACCAAAGCCCUGGUUUGCUGUUCUGUUGAUUGUCCUCUGCCUCAAACAGUCGAGUUCCUCGAUGCACUGUCAUAUACAGAUCAUCAACAUCAUACUGCAAAUGAUAUAGAGCAAAUUAUAGCAGAUAGCAAAUCGCAUUUUAAUCGUCUUGUUCCAGAUGCAUCAGAAGUGCAUUUUUUGGACACUACCUCUGAAUCAGUUCUAAGUAAAGCUAGAAGGCUUGAAAUGCUUAGCGAGUCGACGUACAAGAACAUAAUGUUAUUGCAAAGGGAAGAAGUCAAGCAUUUCAGGUCAAAAAAGAAAGUAACACCAGAAAGUGAAUCAAAAGACAAAGUAAAAUCUAUUAGUAUGUACUCUGAACCACUAUUCCAUGGGAAAAUUUGUUCCUUCAUGAACCGCUUCUUUGUCGCAUGGAAAUUGAACAAAGAAAUUCCUGCCAGUGCAAUAUCUGGGGAAGCUGAUAGCCAUGACUAUACGGGAGGGGAAACUUUGUGCUGUCAUUGCAAUUCUUGUGUGUUUGGUAAUGACAUGGUACCUGAGGUGCGCCACAUGUGUGAAUCUGACUGGCUAUAUCUUGCUGACUUGUUGAAGUGUCCCACUUCAGAAAAUUCUCAACUGAAAGAUACAUCUUCAACAAACAGUACAAGCACUUGUUUAAAUCACGCAAGGGUUUCAGCACAAAGAGCUCUUCUGAUCCUAAAAUCUAUCCCAGCUGCCGCAAGAAGAGGUUUACCUGUCUUAGUAAAUGAUCAAGGGCUUCUAUUGAGCAUCCCGAGCAUUGGCUUCAAAUACUGUCCUCGAUUAGAUGUAACUGCGGUAUUCAAGCCAAGAGUUCCUCUUGGCGGAGGUCAUAGUUUGUUCAUCUAGCAACUGUAAAUUCAGUCAGGGUUAUGAAAACACAGAAGCGAACAGCUAGCACUCCGGAAAUGAUUUGCCUAAGAGCAGCUUCUUCACCUAAUAGACCAUUUUCCUCCAGUAAAAAUUGGUUACAUUGCUUCAAAACAAGAUCAUGAAUUCGAAAUCAGGCUAUAAUAUUAAACCAAUCAUUGUCAACAUCAUUUGUUGGUAUGAAUGACAUGACUGCUGCACAAUCUCUCUGCAAGCUCCAACCACCCGUCCCUUUCAUUGAGAGUAAUAUUGUUUUUAAGGCUUCCUACUCUGUAAAUUGUUUUGUAACAUAGGUCAUCUAGCAAUAAAUUUCAGAAUCUCAGUUAUGUUAACAAGUUUUAAUUUUUUUUAUUCUGUCAUGUUCUGUUACUUUUUCCUACCAAAAUAAAGCUAGACUCAACUUUCAUGGGAAACAGUGGUGUGUACAUUUUUUUUCAUAGUUAAAAAGGUUAAGAUAAUUCCAUGUGAAAUUGGAUUAUACAACAUGAGCCACCUGCUUGAUAGAAACUUAAUAUUGAAAUAUAUAAGUAAAUGAAAAAAAAUAUAGAGGUUCUUUAAAAAGAGUUUUUGGAAGUGAAUAGCACAGUCCUAUCGGCCAUCCCUCCAGUCUUCAUCAACAGUGGCAAUACUGGUGUUUAUCUUCCAAUGCGAUCAUGGAUUUUAUUACUCCCCAAAACAUCAAUUAGUAUUUUGUAGUUGUAAGCCACAAUUCUGCUGUUGGUAUAAUAAUAUUCCAACUACAUUUCCUGUACAGCUUAUUCUCCCUGUCAUCUAAACCAUUAUGAUUAUACAAAGAUGUUAAUGACACUAACUAAAUGGUUGUAUGUUUUUUGCCAAAUGGAAAAUUUUCCUUUUUUUUUUUGGUAUUAGAGAUGAAGUCUGUUUACAAGAUGGGAACAAAAAAAGUAACAAAGAAAAGAACAGUAUCAUUCCCGAGAUGCUGGCUUGAAAAUCGAAGCCAGUAAUUUUAGGAGGGGCCAAUUAUUUCACCCUCGAUCAAACACUCUGAUACAAUCUUUUUUGGUGUAAUACAAUGAAAGGGGGGUAAUAGUGCAAGAGGAUAGGAAGAAGAAUCACAAUCUUCCCGAACCUCCUCGUUCUUUGAAAGAGUUCCAAGACAACCAUUGCUUCCAAGCAGCAUCCUUUUGCUGCUCAACCCAUGACAGAAAAGCACUAUCCAACAAGCAGAAGAUAUUAACAUAGAGUAGCUGAUACCUUACUGGGACAUACCGGAAAUUCACCACCUGAACAAUUGGCCAUAUACCGCCCUCCAAAAUCAAGGCUGGGAUGAAAUCCCUCUUCACAUCUUCCUUCACUUGUUGAACACUCUUCCCCAUAGAAAAGCCCAUGUAUGUGAAAAAGACAAACAAAUCAAGAGGGCCAAAGAUGAUAGCAUCCAUUGCGACCUUAGUGGCCACAAACCGCAAUGACUUUGGCUGUUGAAGAAGCUUCAGCCUUAAAAACUUGUCCAAGCCUUCGUACCUACAAGGUUUAAUUGAGUAACCCCUAAGAAUUUCAGUAUGAAAAAUACUCAUCUUAAACUAAAGCUCUUUUUGCACAUUUAUGGUUAGAAUAUCACGUGCCAAAUUUGAUAGCAUUGCCCUCAUUCUUGUAAAUAGCAAAAAAUGCAGCAUAGAGAAUAAUUUUUGCAAUUCAAAACAAUUUAUCAAGAAAACAGAAACUACAUGUUGCCUGAACUGAGAAUUGAUAUAUGGAUUUUCUUUCCUAUCAGCAAAAAUCACAUGCACAGAUGCUUUUAACGGCUGUGGGAAGGCAGUCGCAGCAGUUAACAAACAAAGAUGAAUAACUGACCCCCAGUGAAAAGAUAGGAAAGACGAACCAGAAGUGGCCAACAGGUCCAACAAAACCAAAACCAAAUGAACUAGUGAUUGCUACUCGUUUCCAAUUCACUUUAAAAUCUGCCUCUGCAUCCUGAAACAAUAAACACAUGUUGUAAUCUAACUUUUGCAAAGAAACUAAUUGACAAACAAUAUAAAUUUGGCCUCAACAAAAAACAAUGUCUUCAACUUGUUCAAAAGUUAAAACACAAUAGCACAGCAUUAACAUUAAAAAAAAAAUGGUAAUGAAGUAGAUAAAAAGGAAAACAGAUUUACAACAGUAGGAGGUAGUGAACAAAACAAAUGCACAUGAAAACAAAUUGGUAACUGAUAGUGAGCUAGUAACAGCAAGCCUUCAGCUUCUCAUAACUACCUAUUAUGCUAAAGGAGCCACUAUUGCCGUUGACAAAAGAGCAUCAUCACAUAAAAUGUACCUGUCUUAUACAAGUAUUUCAUGGUGCUGAGAAAUUUCAAAAAUCUUCUCCCUCAUAUGGUACACGAUACCUUCACAUUUUGCGGCAACUGGCAAGUGUACGUGAAAUAUUGACAUAAAACUAUCCAAGAAAUUGUUCAAGAAUUAUUGCGAAAGAAAGAUAUAGCUAGGCUUCUUCAAAGGCUACAUACAGAACCUCCCCAAAAUAUGAACAAGAGUUCAACUCAAGAAAAUUAACCCGAAAAAAUCUCGGGGGAGGUGGGCAAAGAAUCACUAACUAAAUGAGCUACUUACAGCUAUUCGAUACACAAAUUACACGAGUCAAGAACAGAAAAUAUGAAAACAAGAACACCCAGAUGAGAUUAAAGUCCGAAGGCAAUAAGGAAUACAGAAGAAAUGCGAAAAAAUGAAUGGGGUUUUAGGUUUUAGAAAUGGAUACUCACUGAAAUUUUAAGGCGCCUUUUUGCGGAAGUGUGGGUGAUGUAUUGAGCAGCAACGUCGCCGGCACCCCAGAGGAAGCCGGAGCUGAUGACCUGGGUCUUCACCGGAUGAAAAGCCAGGCAGUUCUGGUACCACUUCCAGAGCCUUAGCAUCAUUUCGUGUCUAUCUUGAGGAAAGAAAAUAAAAUGGUAAAAGAAAUUUAAGGACAGAAAAGAAAAG